AUGCGGUCGCUCCUUUGGAGCUCCCCUUCUUCUUCUGCAUCCUCAUCGUCUUCCUCGUCUUCCAAGGGUUCUCGAAAAAACCGUGCGAACGGCAGCCGUGGGGGGAUGCACGUCUACUUGAAUGUAUACGACCUCACCCCCAUAAACAACUACCUGUAUUGGCUCGGCCUCGGGGUCUUCCACUCGGGAAUUGAAGGUGUGCGUUUCUCCCAACAUUCUUUGGUUGUUCCAGGAAACUUUAUUUCCAUUUUAAUCUGUUUUGCUGCAUCGUGUGAUUCAUAUCACCUUAGGGAAAGGAAUGUUUUGCUGCAUCCAACACGUCCGACGCCCUUUCCCCCUCAUCAUUCUGCCUCUUUCUGAUGCAUGUCUCUCUUUCUACUUUUAAUUCGCUUCUUCAAUUUGGCUCUAUAUUCUGCUCUAAUGGUAGAAAUAGUGGAAAAGCUUUAUUCAAGAGGUACUAUAAAUUACUUUCACAUUUUUUUUAGCAUAGUUGUUGUUUAGAAUGCGGAGGAUUUUAGAUGAUUCUUUAAUGGACGAAAUCAUUUUUUAUGUCGUCAGAAAAUGUCAUGUACCCCUUUGUUUAGAACUUCACAUGUGUAUUACAUAUUUUGUUGGUUGAUCAGAUUUUUUUAUGUGAAAAAAAACCAAUGUUUUUCAUUUAUGUUACAAUUUAAUAUCAAGACCUAUCCUUUUUUUCAUUUAUCUUUUAGAUCCGGUACCUAUGAAUAUCUUUUCGUUUUUAUUUAUCUUUAGUUACUGAAAAUAUUUCUUUGGAAAAUGAAAUGUCUUGAUUAGUUUCAUUGAAUAGAAUUCCUGUUAAGCCACUUCAACAUGCUCACGUAGAUUAUUCGAGUAAGGUGACGAACAAGGACAUGAAGGUUGAUGAUCAGCGAGAGUGUCAUUUAAACUUCUCGCAAAUGCAUGCAAUUUUGUUUUCGUUGGACCCUGCAGCACGGAGUCUAAGCCCAGCAACAGCAGACUAAAAUCUGCAGUGUUUCAACCCGUAUUCUAUGUCCUCGCUUCUAUAACACCAUUGCAUCUUAGUGUUAACAAUCUGCAGAUUGUUCAAUAAAACUUGGGGCUGCUUGCACAUCUCAAUUUCAUUUGAGACUCCUCAGCAGCAGCAGUUGAAACCCCAUCAGCCAAUUUAUCAAUCUUUGGAGUAUAUGCUCAAAUAAGUUCGUUUGAAAUCUGAAAAGGAGAACUUCGUUACACUUGUUAGUAAAACUUAGAGCACAUGGGAGCUCUUAACUAGGAAAGAUCUCUAUGAUACCAUCCAGAAGAAAAUUCUUCACAUCUAUUUGAUAUUUGUGCCAAGAUUAAGUCUAUGUGUUGAUCACACUUCAAAAACAUUUUACCGUUGAAUUUGUUUUUUGCCAAUGGCCGGACCUCUUUAACUGUUGAAAAACGUGGGAUUGAUGAAUGACAAAGAUAAUUUUGCCACUGAUUACCUUCAUUGCUAUUGUUCUGGCUUCAACUUUUCUUGACAAGAAUUUUCUGGUGGUGAAUCUGCUUCCCCAUGUCUGGUCCUCGGACCCAAAGUUACUUAUGAGCUUGUUUUUUUCUUUCUGGCAGUCCUUUCUCCACAUUGCUGAAUUAUUGGAAUUUUUCUCUAUUUGCUACUCUCACUCUCAUGCAUACAAUGAUGCUCUCCUCCAUCGUACCAAACAUACUGAUUUGAUUUUGCCUUUGUGUAAUCCAUUCAUACUGAUUAUCUUGGGCACGAUGGCUAAAAGACUAAAAGUUUUUCGCGCCCCAGAAAAAAAUCUAGAUGUGUCUAGUCCUCACCCUCCAAUGCAGAGAGAAGGUUCUUCAAAGUGGAGUUUAGACCUGCCAAGAACUUAGUUUAUGAUGUCCUGCCUGUACUUCAAGAUUUCCUUCUGACCUUGCGUAAUAGUUGUGACAUUCAUGGAGUAGUUGUCUAACUCUUCCUCUUAAGUUCUCAAGACGCCAAAAUAUUUUGUCCUAAAGAAGUUCCCUAGUUUCAACGCAUUAUUUCACUUGUCAAUUGGAGAAUGGAUAGAAUAUCAAUUUUAUGGUCCCAAUUGUUUUUGAAACCGAGUCAUUUUCUGUAAUUCAUUCAUUUUAUUCCACUUCCUACAGAAUUGAUAAUCCAGGCUGUGAAUUUUAUUUUUCAAUGCUACGUAAACUGUGGAAGUGAUCUUCAGUAUUUAGUAGUUUGUUCCUCCCAUUUAUGUGCCUAAUAUUUUCAUUUCUUGCUAUGUAUAUCUCGGUGGCUGUUGACCAUAUCAUGUAGUUACUGUCUGUAAAUUUCACUGAUGUGAUUUGAAGUUAUCUAUUGACACUCUUCAUACAUGUGGCCAUCGUCGUUGGGGACACCUCACUCUAUUGCUUCAAAUAGAUGAUCAGUGACCAUCAAGGAUCUCCCAAGGGUAACACCUAAAAAUAGCUUGGAGCAACCCCUGACAAAUAAUUCAUAUUCUAUAGGUUUACUUACCCUUUAUAGACCUGAGACCUCAAAUCAUUUGUCAGGAUGAAACUCUCAACUCCAAAAGCCAGGUGAGCAAGUCUGGAACAGUGAAAAACUUGAGAUCUGUCAAGAUUGGUGGAUGGCUGGACUGUGUCCUUUCAUCCAAUGUAAAUUGAUUGGCGACUAUGGGAAAACCUAAUGGCCUAGUUUUGCAUUUUGGAAAGUCCACUCACUUGGCUGGGUGCUCUCUUCCUUUCCUCCUGCUGGAAGACUGCUAUUGGGACCCUAUAUAGUGAGAUUGCCCACUGGAGACUCCCUUUUCUGUCUUCCUGGAGAAAAUCUGACAUUUCCUAAUGUGAACAAAGGAACAGAUCUGAUAAAGUGCUUAGUUUGAUACUAAUAGCUGUUUACUAUGACAACACAUGCAGCUACUGUCCUGCUACUACUGCCAGUGCUCUGGUUUGCCUAAAUCAUUUAGUAGUUUCGGGUUCUAAACCCCCUCCAUUGAAAACAGCUUGUAUUUUGUAAUAUAUUAAAUUAAGCCGUCACUUCAGCAGAUGGGUAGCAAAACCCUGUAGUCACUAUCUGUAAUUCGUUGAAAUUGUGUUUAUAAUAUCAAAUUUGAAUUAAAAAUAAGGCAAUGUUAUGAGAUUUGCAUUCUACUCUUUAUGGUUUUCUCUAUAUGCUUAAUUGCUUUUCUUCUUCAAUAGCCUUUGCAUAUUCUAUAGUUCUGACACUAGUUUAACACAGUACAUGGGAAGGAGUAUGGCUUUGGAGCCCACGAGUUACCAACAAGUGGAGUAUUUGAGGUAGAACCCAGAAGGUGUCCUGGUUUUAUCUACCGGCGUUCUCUGUGGUUGGGAUCCACAGAUAUGUCUCAUGAGGAGUUCCGCUCAUUCCUGGAAAACUUUUCUGGCAAAUAUCAUGGCGACAGCUAUCAUUUGGUUGCCAAAAAUUGCAACCAUUUCACAGAUGAUGUUUGCAUGCAUUUGACUGGUAGACCAAUCCCUGGGUGGGUGAACAGGCUGGCCAGAUUAGGUAACGAUCGCUUGUAAACUACAGCGACCAUUGUUUGAUUUCUUAUAUCCUGCUGAUUGACAUACUAUCAAUGUUUCAGGUUCCUUCUUCAACUGUCUUCUUCCUGAAAGUAUUCAGGUUACAGCUGUUCGUCAUCUGCCAGAUCAUAUCUCACUCUCCGGUAAUCAUGUUGAUGUUCUAGACGAUUCAUUUGCUUCCUUCUGCCUCCCUGGACUAUAUUUAGUUUCUGAUAGAUACAAAUGA